GAUCGCAGACACUCCCACCCGGGUCCCGAACCCGAACGUCCCGUUAAUUCCCAAUUAGCCAGUCGCCAUAGUUUCGUACAGAUGUCGCGUGCCGCGCCAAAACUCCAUCCCGUCGAAGAGGGUGUAGAAAAAUAGACCUAAACAAUAAUCUCGUUCGACUGUUUCGUAAAAACCACCCCGUAAAACUGAAAGUAACGCUAUUAUUGCGGUUGUGAUUUGUGACGAGAUGCGCUGUUUUAGACAAUGACGGAGCCGUCGCGCUCCCCCCGACCCUUAAGCUCGGGCGGCCUCGACUGAGGACAUGAACAACCGCCCCAAUUCGGGGGGCGGCGCCCGACACCGGCGCAGUGACUCUGGCCAGAGCGUUGGCUCGUCCGAUCAUCCGGAACGGAAGUCGCACGGCCACCAUAGAUCGAAAUCUGGGGUUGUGCACCAUGAUCACUCUAGUCAAGAACUGCCGAAUAGGAUAGAAUUCAGAUCGACGCACGGUUUACAAGACGGUGGGCAGCAUUACGCGCGACCCACUUCGUUGUACCCGCUGAAAAAUGCUGAGGGGGUGAUUGUCGGCUGUCCGGAGGCGUUGCAACCCGAACGCGAGCCACUGAGGUUCGAUGUGGCACUGGUUGGGGCGCCACCUGAGGUCGAACAGCUCGUCAACAACGUGAAGCAGGUCGCCGAGCAGUUCUUGUACCAUUGGAAGACCUUCCCUAUAAUACUUCCCAGUGCUGUCUCGCACUGCGACUCAUUCCCGACCUCUCAGGUCUCUUCUGACGGUUCUUUGGGGCGCUGCAAGACCAAGUACCACCUCAGGGAUUUGUUCAUAGCACCCUCGUUCGAUGAAUUGGAUGCAGUCGCGGUGGACGGCAAAGGGGAGCCACGGAAGCUGACGGGGAAGCAACUCGAAUACAUCAGAGAGCGAGGCUUGCACAAGGAUAAAUUUGGAAAGCCAAAACGCUUGAAUCACCAACAACUCGAAUGUAUUAGACGACAGGGUGAGUUUGAGGUGGAGUCGUUGAAUUUCCCGGGACAGCAGCACAGAUGGAGGCUGUCACAAUUGUUGCAGAAAGGCACGGAAAAGUCGAGGAACUCGCUACUCAACGAUCUGGCGUUAGCUCUUCGCUUUGUUUUCGUGACCGCGAAGAAUCGGAUUUUCUCUCAUUUUUUUAGCGUUUCUCAAGCAGCUAAAGCCCUCCUAACAGGUUUUUUGAGGAUCUUAGACAUCGUUAUCGGCAUUCCCAGUUUGCAGGCGCACAAUUUGGAUGCUAAACUAAGGGAGGAACGAAGUAAAUAUUUGGUAGCUGAACUGGUUUGCAGGCCUGAAAAUGAAGAUUCAUUAGAACUCCUAUGUUCUUACAUAAGAAAACAACUACGACGGGCAGCUACGGAAAAGUUUGAGGUCACGAAAGAAUGUUCGCAGCCACCUGUGGCCGUACCGUACAGAUUUCUCACACCUUCAGGUUACGAAUUGGAUCUUAGAUUGUGGGACAGAGGUUUGAUGAGGAAAGCGUUGCCGGUUCUGGUGGCAAUUUUGGAGAGAGAAACUAGAGGUUGGUUCCUGCACUUCCGAGAAAGACUGAUAGCCGAGUUAAGAGCACAAAAGAUGCCAGAUGAAGACAUUGAAAGAGAAGUGAAUGAUGCAGUCAUGAAGGAGUAUUUGCAAAGAGUGUACAAUAGCAUACUGUCUCAUCCCGAUAUUUUAGCCUUAGGCGACGGAAUUGCUCAACUUUUAGUACAGCAAGCACAAAGUGUAGUUCUUAUGCAUAGGGCUGUUGAAAAUGUACAACAUAGACAACAGAAAACCCAAGACGAGUUUAAAACAAAGUUGUGCCACUACCAUCCAGUUUUGUCUAGGAUUAGGCCGUGGUUGAGGUCUAGAUUAAGGACGGCAGAACACAAAUUCGGUUUGGAUAAUCAAUGGAGUGCUCAUGAAGAAGCUUUAGCCUUAUGUAGUGCACAGAAGCUCAAUCAAACUGUUUAUUUUCUCAACCGAGAUUUAGCCUUCAUGAGAGAAAGAGAGCCUGCAUUAUUAAGGGAAUUGAGGAAGGUAAAGACUCCAACUAGGAGUUUUUUGUGGCCGACGCAAAUAUGGCACCCGACCAACUGGAUAAUUCAUAGAAAUUUCCAAGGGCAGUCGGAGGUUGUACCCACCGUUCUUAGCAAACAAGCCACCAGUAUUACAACACCUAGAUCUGACCCUAGUCAACCUGUGUUUCUUGUGGAGAAGGAAAUAGUGCGAACAACAACGACGAGGUGGCCGUUGUGGCGUGUUUUCAACUACUUUCACCGCACUUGGUGCUGGACAUGGAAUGCCAUGUUCUUCUUCGGUGUCGUCCUACCGUGGUGUAGUCCAGUGGGUUUGCGCGCCCUCUGCUGCAUGGAACCGUUCAUGCCAGACCUGGAACUGUCUCAAGUCAACGGCACUUUGUUCCCGAGAAAGAGCAGCGUUACCCCUACAUUGGCCAGCAGGUUGAUCAGUCUUUGGCGGCAUAUAUCCAAGUCCAGGACGCAUUUCGAAACGAAACCCGAUACCGGUUUUAUCGGGAAAGGUUUCACCCGGCAUUUAAACAGGAUUUGGAACUAUUUUUUAAAAGGAUUGUUUGGUACUGUUGUUUUGGUUAUAAUAUUUCCGGUGAUUUGCGUUGCGACUAUCCUGUUUUCCAUUUUCAUCGCCAUCACUUCGGUAGUUUGGAUGCCGGUGUUGACAAUGACGGUGCAAAUUACCAACGCUUUAAUUUACGACCUGGACAGUCCAGAGCAGAAAAGAAACAGGUUUUUUGUACUAUUUGAAGCUCUGAUUUGGAAUAUAGGUGUACAAGGAUGUUUACAACCUAUGAUUGCUUUGCUUGUUGCCGCCUUCGUUUGUCCACUCAUUUCACUCAUUAUUCUCGCAGGAGGAUUCGUUCGAUAUUGGUUACGUCUUUUGUGGGACACAACAACUUUCCAUCUCAUCAUUAAAAAACGCGGUAGAGUUCCAGCAAGCGACAGUUUUGUAGUGAAACGAAUAGCUGGUCCGGGAUUGGCGUCAGACUACUACUUCCAGAUCAGUCCAGAACAAGCUCUUGCUGCGUUUGAAGCAAAAAUGGAGCUGGAUGAGUUGGCAGCUUAUCAAACUAUCGUUGAAGCUACAAUUAAUCAACCCCAACGAGAUUUCAGUCAGUUUGUUGAGGCUUGUUUUGGCAGUUUUUCAGCACAGUUGUCCAAGAAUGGUCCUUAUUUGAAACUAGAGAAAGAGGCACAGGAUUUGAUGACUGUUUUGCAUGAAAAAUUAGAGAGAAGGAGGAGAGAUUUGCAAACUGGUUUAAGUGUUACUGUUAAGAGCAAGAUCAAAUUGUCCACACCGGAAUUGAAGAUUGCCAUACAACAAGGGGCGUUGAUGUUGGAGAGGUUUUACCCUACAAGAAUUCUCCAGAAAUUAGGUUGUACAGAAGAGCAGUUUUGGGACAGUCGUGCUUUAAGUCCGGGCGAUUGGGCCGGACUGGCAGGUCUCUUGUACUCGGAACUUUUCAGUCUGGAUAUCCUGACGCCGUUGGAUCACGCAGACACCAGUUUCAAACUAGACGCCCACCCUCAGGCGGAUCUGUCACGUUACACGGAGAUGGUGCAAUGCGCCCAGUUGGGGGCUGGAGGUCCAGAUUUAUUGGGCAACGUGUACACACCUCGAGGCAAUAUCCAGGUGCAUUCGCCGUAUCUGGAGGUGUCUGCGUUCAAUCCCCGAUCAAAGCUGUCUGCAACAGGAAAAAAGACGGAGAAAAAAGCUGAUUCGUCCAGUGCAAUGGUUAAUAACAUGAAGUCGACGAGGAUGACGCUUUGGAUGCCAUGGAAGAAGCAGAGCAGACCGUACUCCCCUGAUAAAAUGGUCAUUCCUUUGCCGGUUCCACAUCCGGCCCAUAUUGCCGUGACCGUCUUCAAUAGAGAUUCAGACGAUCCCAUUCCCUUAGAAUCUGAAACUUGUCAGAAUAUCUUAAGAGGGAUUGAAGAGAGUCAUUCUUCCCCAGAUGAAAAUGGAAUUGGUCGUUUUCGAGGAGGCGCCGAUUCGUUCGAAACGGCCAGUUCCAAUUCGGAUACAUUGGACAGUCCAAACAUAGGUCCAGAAGACCACGAACAACCUCCAACUUCCACCAGAAACUCGAACGAAGGAGUUUAUCAGUGGACGUUGAGCAAUUGGGGUCAGAGGAAGCGCAACAACUCGGGUAGUGUUCGAGUCGAUUUGGCGAGUCCGGAGGAUGUUACUCUCGACAGCGACAGUACUAGGGUUGUUUUUAGUACAUAUGGUACUACCGUUUGAUGUGAUGCGGUUGUUUCUGAUAUUUUUUAACGGUGGCUGUAAAUGUGCAUUUAUUUUAUUCCGAGCAGCUUUGAAUUAUUGUCUAGUCUUUAUUGAAUCCACAAAUCUUUGUUACAUGUUAGAGAUUAACCACAAUUACUAACAUUAACAAUUUAAACGCUUUAAUUUAGCCGCUUUAUCGGUAUUAAACUCCAUGACUUUAUUAUUUAUACGAAUUUUUUAAUACUUUUUUAUAUAAUUACAGAGUACAAUUGAAUCCCACCCAUCUAAUAGGUUUCCGGUCCCAUUGGACGGGCCAUAAGUUCCUGACUGUCCUAAAAUAUGCACCUCAGUACAACUCUGAUCUAAAAUUGAAAUUAUUUACAGAUGAUCUCCCAAUAAAUUUGGAAUAUGGAACGGUUGGGUCCGUCCAGAAUUGUUUGGUUUGGGCUUAAGUGUAUAUUUAGACAUAGGAGCAUACAAUUAAAAAGAAUUAAUGAUUAUAUAGAAUUUGCACUUAGGGUGUUUUAGAAAUUUUAUUUUGAAAAUUGUAUGAAUUAUAUAAACCAAAAGAAAAAUGUCCAACGCACUUUUGAAUUAGACUUAGCCGAGUUUUUAUAGCCUCGAACAAAUAAAAGUACAUGAUUUAAUAAUAAACUGAUCGACAAAUAGCAAUAAAUUUGUGUAACUUUAUUUGUUGCUGUAGGAAAAUAGCGAUUGUCCAUAUUUUGAAACUAUACAAGAAAAAAUUAUAAAACUAGCUUAUGAAGUCAAAAAAUUGAAAACGAAUUUUUCAAAUAGGGUUAACAAAUUAACUGAAUUUACAUGAACAAAUUUUAUUAUUUAUGAUAUUAUUUUAAUUAUAUUUGUCCAUAUUAGUCUAUUAUAUCUGUGUAUGUUGUGAAUAAUUUAUAUUUAAAAAUACAUUCUUUUAUUGGGUGUAUUUUUAAAAAUAGAUCUCUGAAUAUUUUUAUUUUUUGUACAUAUAUAUUAGAUAAAUGCAUCUAAUUGCUUAUUUUAUUUUGUAUAUUAAUUCUUGUACUGCUGUGAAAUUUUCGCUUAAAUUCUGUUUAUUCAUUUCUAAAUAUGAAGCAUUUAAGACUGA